UUCACCAAACUUCGUGCUCACUUCCCAUCUCAUCCCCUUAAUAAAAAGCCCCACUCUCCUCCAUACUCAUCAAAAACAACUUUUUCUCCUCUACUUUCUUGGAGCAACAAGUUUUGUCGCUCAAUACCAAAAGAGGCUAGAAAAACAUGAUGAAGCAGUUUCUCUCCCCAGCUCUUCUUCUGCUGAUCUUCUUCCUUCUCUGCUCCACAACUUCUGGUCAGUCUUCUGGACCAGCUGCAGCACCUUCAGCUCCCACCACAACCUCUGGUCAGUCUUCACCACCAGCUCUAGCACCUUCAUCAGUUCCUUUAGUUCCUUCUGGUCCCUCAGGUUCCGUCGAGAUUACUGCAGUCCUCAAAAAGGCCCGUAAGUUUAGUACCUUCAUUGGGCUACUAAAGAGCACCCAGAUGGAUGCUGAAAUCAACACCCGACUCAAGAAAUCGAACCAGGGCAUCACAGUAUUUGCACCAACCGAUAAUGCCUUUUCAGACCUCCAAACGGGUACUUUGAACACAUUCACUGAUCAGCAGAAGACUGAGCUGGCCCGAUUCCACAUAAUACCUUCUUUCAUCAGUAUGUCGCAGUUCGAAACUGUGAGCAACCCGCUGCAUACAGCGGUAGACGGUGAUACUGUGGGGUUCCCACUGAAUGUCGUAGGGAACGGAACUCAGGUGAACAUGACAACAGGGGUUGUGAAUACAACGGUGGACAGCACAGUAUACAGUGAUGGUCAGCUUGCUGUGUAUGAGAUCCCCCAGGUUCUCCUUUCACAAGGUAUCCUAAGGCCUCAAGCGCCAGCACCAGCUCCUCUACCUCCAAAGCCUAAGAAGGCUACUCCUCUUAGUACACAGGCUCCUUCAACGCCCACCACCGUUUCCGUUCAUUCUUCUGGUGCGACGGGUCUCCCCCGCUACGCGCCAACCGUGGUAUCCAUCGGAGUGGCUGUUCUCGCGGCACUGCCCUUAUGCCUGUGAAUUGAUCAGUGUUGGUGAAUGAUGACGGUGUGAUUUGCGUAGUCUGCUUGUGUUAUGAUUUAAGCUUCAUCAAAUUAUUAAGAUAUCUUUGUGCUCAAAUUAGAAAAA